AUGAAGAGAAGCUGUGUGUCGACUCGCUGCUCACGCACACGGCCGCCCACCUGGAGGCCGUCACCGUCUGGGUGUGAACGGUCAGAGGUCAAAGCGAGGUCAGAGGUCAACCCGACACCCAUCGUCCCGCCAGAGGCCGCCUCCGUCAGCUCGACCGCCUCCGACCCGCCGUCCAUCGACCCCGAGGAGCCGCGGCCCGACCCCCCCGACAUGGCCGAGCCGCCCGCCGCCGAUGGCAAGUUCCUCUUCAACGACUUCCGCAACAGCGGGGUGGCGCAAGCCGACUGCUCGGCCAAGAAGCUGGUGUGGGUGCCGUCGGAGAAGGAGGGCUUCGAGGCGGCCAGCCUCAAGGAGGAGAGGGGCGGCGAGUGUGUGUGUGUGCAGCUCUCCAAUGGCCAGAAGGUGACAAUCAACAAAGACGACGUCCAGAACAUGAACCCGCCCAAGUUCAGCAAGGUGGAGGACAUGGCCGCCCUCACCUUCCUCAACGAGGUCUCCAUCCUGCAGAACCUGCGGGAGAGAUACUCCUCCAGCCUGAUCUACACGUACUCGGGGCUCUUCUGCGUGGUGGUCAACCCGUACACGAUGCUUCCCAUCUACUCGGAGAAGAUCAUCGACAUGUACAAGGGCAAGAAACGCCACGAGGUGCCGCCGCACAUCUACGCCAUCACCGACAACGCCUACCGCAACAUGAUGCAAGAUGCGUGGCCGUUAUACCGCGAGGAUCAGUCUAUUCUCUGCACAGGUGAGUCCGGAGCGGGGAAGACGGAGAACACCAAGAAGGUGAUUCAGUAUCUGGUCGUCGUCGCCUCCUCACACAAAGGAAAGAAGGACGCCAUGAGCCCUGGGGAGCUCGAGAAGCAGCUGCUGCAGGCUAAUCCCAUCCUGGAGGCCUUCGGCAACGCCAAGACCAUCAAGAACGACAACUCCUCUCGAUUUGGAAAGUUCAUCAAGCUCAACUUCGAUGUGACCGGCUCUCUGGUCGGGGCCAACAUCGACACCUACCUGCUGGAGAAGUCUCGCUGCAUCCACCAGGGCACCACGGAGAGAGCCUUCCACAUCUUCUACUACCUGGUGGCCGGGGCCAAGGACCAGCUGAGGGGUGAAGCACCUGGACCUGGACCUGGACCCCAACCUGUACCGUAUUGGUCAGAGUAAGAUGUUCUUCAGGACCGGCGUCCUCGCCCAGCUGGAGGAAGAGCGCGACCUCAAACUCAUCGUCGUCAUCAUCGCCUUCCAGGCUCAGGCCGGAGGCUUCCUGGCCCGCAGCUGCUGGAGGCGCAGAUGGCCGAAGAAGAAGACGCCUGCCAGCGGCUGCAGCUGGAGAAGACCUCCGUGGAGCUGAAGGCCAAGAAGCUGGAGAAGGAGGUGCUGAUGGUGGAGGGCCAGAACCUCAGACUGCAGAAGGUAGAAGGAGAGGAAGCUGACGGAGGAGCGGCUGGCGGACACCAGCUCCAACCUGGCGGAGGAGGAGGAGAAGUCCAAGAACCUCAGCAAGCUGAAGGCCAAACACGAGUCCAUGAUCUCUGAGCUGGAGGGUCAGUCUCACGAGGGUUACUUAUGUAACACCAUGGGAGCUGUUCCUAUACAAC